AUGGAUGCAUCGACCGCGGAGAGCCAUGCGCCUCCCCCAAAUUCAUCCACUCCGACAAGCGCCGAACGUUGGCUACACUGCAACGCGUGUUUCACUCUGCCCGGAGGUGUGCCGGCCAUCCACUACUACUUCGUCACAUGUGGCCACAUCUUCUGCAAGGCAUGCUGCGCAAAAGGUGCGUCGUUCGCGAAAAACCGACAAUGCUUUCUUUGCAAGAAGGAGCAAGUACAAUACAUGGAAAUCAACCGUAACAUCGUUGCAAAGUUCCGAAACUUGUUCCGACCGGCAAAAGACUUGGCGCAAGAAAUGAUGGCCGAGCUGCAACGAGUACUCGAGUUCCAGGCACGGCACAAGAACGGCCUGAUGAAGCACGUCACCUUGAAGACGGAAAAAGCCGUCGGUUACGCGAAGUCGGCGCGUGGUGAGAUCGAGAAGAUGAAGUCAAGAGAGCAGGGCCUGCUGAAACAAUGCGGCACCAUAAAGAAGCACAACGAAAAGAUCACCGCCGACUACGACCAGCUCAAGCAGGAUUUUGAGGAGCUGCGCAACAAGUACGAAGCACUCGCUAAGGGCCUCCCCAAUCAACCCGACUAUCUCGGCGGCGCACCAGGCCUCGGCGACAGCCAGUCAUUCUCCGGGUCACUCGUCUUCGAUGCGGUCACCAGCACACCCAAUGGACGGGAUAUCGUGAUCAGCACACGGAACCACUUGGCUGAAGCCUUCAAGACAAACUCCGGGACGGCGCCAUCGCCCAUCAUCAGCGCGAAGGGCCUGCUGACGACGCCAGCCAUGCUCGGUCUCCAGAAGCCCUAUCAAAGUGUGUUCAGCUUGAGUACCGGGCAACGUCGGCAGAAGACAAACCAUCCUCCGGCCGUCAACUCUGCUGUCCCGACGCGUGCUCGUGAUCGGCCCAACGACGACUUUGGCAUGGACCUAUCG